CUCCCUUUGACCUCUCUCUCGAGUCUCUGGUCUGUUCCUAUGAUAGCCUACAUUGUACUGUGUAUCUGACCGCUCCUUCAACCACCUAUUACCGCUCCCCUUCCCUUGGGCCACGCCAAACACGAGCUAGCCCGUCGCCCGUCUCCAUUCCCCGAAGGCUUACAAGGGAGCUGAAUAAGUCCUGGAGCCCUUGCAUCGGCAAGGGCGCAUCCAGCAAAUCCUCAUUGUCCGGACCCGUCCGUCGACGUAAUUAGUCCAUUCUCAACUCCAAUGUCUCCACUCUCCAAGUGCGUGCGCUGUCGUACCUUCAAGCUUCGCACUCGCUCUCUCACUCUCUUUCUAUUGUACGAUAUCCUAUUCCUCUGGGGUGCUUGCUGUUCUACAGUCUGCAGGCAAUACCACUACCUAGAUCGACAAGCAGCAAUGCUCGCUGCUGUGCUGGUGCUUGUCCAACAACCUGUCGGCAGUGCCUCGCUCUCGCGCCAAUUUAGUUCACUGCACCUCCUCCGUACUCUUCUCCCAGCAAAUGACCCUUCUCGUGGCUUGAGGGGGCAUUCCUGGGCUGCUCAACGGGUCGACGCAUAUCAUCUCCCCCUUGAGCGACAUCCAAGUGUUCGAGAAUGCUCUUGAUCCAACGUUCUGUGACCCCAUUCCAUGCCCAUCACUCAUAAUAAACACACUUAUCCACAUAGCGCCGGGAUACAAAGGCUGCAGGUGGUCAGCGCCUGCAGGCUUCACUACUGAUAUGACAGUAUUGCUGCUGCCGUCUGUCCAAUGUCGUGGAUUGUUCGACAGAGAUGCAGAACACAAAGCAACAAUGAGAGACCCUUUGCUUGUGCAACAGACCCCUCCAGAGACCCUUUCCGAUCAUGGUCGGUCAGGGUCGAGCAAAUAGCCUGCCGCCGUCCAUGCGUUGCGCUCCCGACGCUCUGCUCUCUCCCAGCGAGCGAACGGCGCGCCCGCGCUCAAACAAUGCACCAUAAUUAGCAACACCUCAUUAAAGCCGUUCUAUGUACAAGUACAAUGCAAAACACUCGAGCCCCAACGGCCUGGGUUGUGGGAAUAAUACCAGCGACUUUCUAUGAAGGCC